GGCUGCUGCGCUAUCAGCGCGCAGAUCCAAAGUUCGCGACCGCUGGUCCCCUUGGGCCGCUAGGGUGGCGGUGGCGGGGGUGUCCUUGGACAGGGGUCGCUCAGCAGCUCUACUCGCUGCGCUCCGCUCCGCGUUCGGCUCUUUCGCAGUGGUGCAGUGGUCGAGCGCGUACGCUCUCUUAGCUUUCGGUGAACGUGAAGUAGUGCACUUUUCUGUAAUAAAUUGUUGCCGUAGUUGUUGUAGCAGCAAUCAAGGUCAGUUCUACUCAAAUCGCAUGUUCAUACAAAGCUGUUAUUAUAGCGUGGUGUAGUUAAACUGUGGAAUUGAGAGUACAUCUUGAUGGUAUCUUCUUCAAAUAUAUUACAAAAUAGCUAGUGAAAAUUGAUGUGAAAUGUCUGCAAAAGCUAUCCGUGAAGCAACUGGAAAAGACAUAAUCAACAGGAACCUGUCAGUGAACACCGCUGCCGCCAAAUGUAGGUUCGCAACCAUCACUGCUGAAACCAACUGGAACAACCUCGUCGUUGACCAGCCAUGGCUCAAAACCCAGCCAUUGGUUGUGAAGCCCGACCAGUUGAUCAAGAGGAGAGGCAAACUCGGACUUAUCAAAGUCAACACUGACCUCAAGGGAUGUCAAGCUUGGGUGCAGGAGCGCAUGAACAAGGACCAGCAAGUUGGAAAGGCCACAGGAAAGUUGAGGAACUUCAUCAUUGAACCAUUCAUCCCCCACAAAGCUGAUGAGGAGGCGUACGUUUGUAUCUACUCUCACCGUUACGCGGACACGAUCCUGUUCCACCACCAGGGAGGCGUUGACAUCGGAGACGUGGACGCCAAGGCUCUGAAGCUGGAGGUGCCCGUUGGUCACUCGGUCACCGCUGAACAGAUCCUCGAAAAGUUGCUUGUCAACGUCGUGCCGGCCAAGCAAAAGAUGGUAGCGACCUUCGUGGCGGCGCUGUACAAGCUGUACACCGACCUACACUUCACCUACCUGGAGAUCAACCCUCUGGUGGUGACGGCCGACUCGAUCUACAUCCUCGACCUGGCGGCCAAGCUGGACGCGACGGCCGACUUCAUCUGCCGCCAGCAGUGGGGCGAAAUCGACUACCCGCCACCCUUCGGCCGCGACGCCUUCCCCGAGGAGGCCUACAUCGCCGACCUCGACGCCAAGAGCGGUGCUUCACUCAAGCUGACAAUUUUGAACAAAAAAGGACGCAUCUGGACGAUGGUUGCCGGCGGUGGAGCGUCGGUGAUCUACAGUGACACGAUCUGUGACUACGGCGGCGCCAGUGAGCUGGCCAACUACGGCGAGUACAGUGGUGCCCCCUCCGAGCAGCAGACCUACGAGUACGCCAAGACCAUCCUCUCCCUCAUGACCCAGGAGAAGCACCCACAAGGAAAGGUUCUGAUCACCGGAGGAGGUAUUGCCAACUUCACCAACGUAGCAGCUACCUUUAAGGGAAUUGUGACCGCCCUCACUGAGUUCCAGGGAAAACUCCUCGAGCACAACAUCUCCAUCUACGUCAGACGAGCUGGACCCAACUACCAGGAAGGUCUCAGGAUCAUCCGUGACGUAGGCAAGACCCUCCGUAUCCCCAUCUAUGUGUUCGGACCAGAAACUCACAUGACUGCCAUUGUCGGAAUGGCCCUUGGAAAGAAGCCAAUCCCCAAGGAGACUGAAAUGGAAUUUGCCACUGCCAACUUUCUCUUGCCCGGAGGCCAGGACAAACAGGGAAGCUCGAGUGAGAAGAGCAGCCAGAGCAGUUCGGUGUCGCCGAGCGGAGAUGUGGGCAGCAGCUGUCCCAUGCCAGCCUCCUCCUCCUCCAAGACCAUGUUCACCAACAAGAGCAAGGCUAUUGUCUGGGGAAUGCAGACCAGAGCUGUACAGGGUAUGCUGGACUUCGACUUUGUGUGCAGACGAUCAGAGCCAUCAGUCGCUUGCCUUGUCUACCCCUUCACUGGAGACCACAAGCUAAAGUUCUACUGGGGACACAAGGAGGUCCUUAUCCCAGUGUACAAGAAGAUGGCCGACGCCAUGACAAAGCACAAGGAAGCCGAUGUUCUCGUCAACUUUGCAUCUCUCCGAUCUGCCUACGACAGUACAUUGGAAACACUCAAUUUCCCCCAGAUUAGGACCAUUGCCAUAAUCGCAGAAGGUAUUCCCGAGAACAUGACCCGCAAACUGAUCCUGACCGCUAAGGAGAAGGGAGUGUCGAUCAUCGGACCGGCCACAGUCGGAGGCAUCAAGCCCGGCUGCCUCAAGAUCGGAAACACCGGUGGAAUGAUGGACAACAUCCUCCACUCCAAGCUCUACAGACCUGGCAGUGUGGCCUACGUUUCACGAUCGGGUGGAAUGUCGAACGAAUUGAACAACAUUGUGUCGAAGGCAACGAACGGUGUGUACGAGGGAGUGGCCAUCGGAGGAGACAGGUACCCGGGAACCACAUUCAUGGACCACAUCCUCAGGUACCAGGCCGACCCUAACGUCAAGAUGAUUGUGCUGCUGGGAGAGGUGGGAGGAGUCGAGGAGUACGAGGUGUGCACCGCACUCAAGAACAAGAAGCUCACCAAGCCCCUGGUCGCCUGGUGCAUCGGUACCUGCGCAGGCAUGUUCAACUCGGAGGUGCAGUUCGGACACGCGGGCUCGUGCGCCAACUCAGACAUGGAGACAGCAACCGCCAAGAACAAGGCGCUGAAGGAUGCUGGCGCAGUGGUGCCAACCACCUUCGACAACCUGGGCGAGGCCAUUCACGACGUCUACGCCAAGCUGGUCAGCCAGGGUGUCAUUGUACCACAGCCCGAGGUCCCGCCACCCACCGUGCCCAUGGACUACUCGUGGGCCAGGGAACUUGGACUCAUCCGUAAACCGGCUUCAUUCAUGACCAGUAUUUGUGAUGAGAGAGGCCAGGAACUGUUGUACGCCGGCAUGCCAAUCAGUGAUGUUCUGAAGCAGAACAUGGGCAUUGGCGGUGUGAUCUCGCUGCUGUGGUUCCAGCGCUCGCUGCCGCAGUACGUGUGCAAGUUCUUCGAGAUGUGUCUGAUGGUGACAGCCGACCACGGCCCGGCCGUGUCCGGAGCUCACAACACAAUUGUCUGCGCCCGUGCCGGCAAGGACCUCGUCUCGUCACUCGUGUCCGGGUUGCUCACCAUUGGAGACAGAUUCGGAGGCGCCUUAGAUGGAGCAGCUAAACAGUUCAGCGAGGCCUACGACUCCGGCCUCAUUCCCAUGGACUUUGUCAACACAAUGAGGAAGAAGGGUCAGCUGAUCAUGGGUAUCGGCCACAGGGUCAAGUCGAUAAACAACCCCGACAUGAGAGUGAAGAUCAUCAAGGAGUUUGUGCUCUCCACCUUCCCCGCCACCCCACUCCUCAACUACGCCCUGGAAGUGGAGAAGAUCACCACCUCCAAGAAGCCUAACCUCAUUCUCAACGUGGAUGGUGUCAUUGCUGUCUCAUUCUGUGAUUUGCUCAGAAACAGCGGCAGCUUCACAAGGGAAGAAGCCCAGGAGUACAUUGAUAUGGGUUCAAUCAACAGUUUAUUCGUCCUUGGAAGAAGCAUCGGUUUCAUUGGACACUACAUGGACCAGAAGAGACUGAAACAAGGCCUGUACAGACACCCAUGGGACGACAUCUCCUACGUCCUCCCCGAACAGUACAACUGACUGCCGUCUUCCCCUUGUUGAUAUUUGCCUGUUACUAGAUAUAUUUUAGUGUAUAUAUUUUAUUUAACAUGAAUGGGUAGGGAAUGAAGGGAGGUUUGUCACCAAUAAUUAUAAUUAUUAAGUCCCUCUACGUUUUCCAUCAAUGUUUUUAAAGUAAUCGAACCUAAUUUUUCUUUUUGCGUUGUAUAAAAUACGAAAACGCUGAUGCAACAAAUUUAUAUGUCAAUGUACAUUCCAAGUACUUUUUUAAUUUUGCAUUUAAUUCAUUUUCUUUUGACAUCACUUUUUUAACUAGAACAUCUCUAGAACGUAUGUCAAUCGUCAAACAACAUUAUCUGUCGAUCAAAUCAUUAUCAAAACGUUUCGUUUUAGAAGCAAAGCUCUGUACAAAAUCGUAUGGUUAUUGUAAGCGAGACAAUUAUUGUAAUCGUUGUAUUCUAAAACAUUUUUUCAAGUGAACAUUUUAAAAAAUUGUUGAAAAAUAUUAUUCAUUAAUUUGGGCAGAAAAAGAGCCUUAUUUCGCACAAAUGGUUUUAUAUUAUCAUGAUAUUCUUGUUGAUAUUUGUAAUAAUAGUUGUUUUUGUAUUGAAUAAAAUAGUGGUAAUCAAACUGCUUCAUCAAAUUGAUUUUUGUUGUAAAUCUUUCUUUAUCGAAUUAUUCUCCUUUUUUUACUGACGAGUUCAAUCUCUAUUCAAAUUUAAUUUUAAGUAUUUAAAUAUUGGAGUUGUGAGUGGUAAAUUAUUUGACUACACAAUAAAUAUAUAUUUAUAUUUUA